AUGGUAUCUAGAGCCAAAACCUUGGCGUUUUGUCCCAAUCUAUAUCUCUUACCACCCUUCCCUCCUCGCGGCCACCCUCCCAUACCCUCUCAUGGGCGGCCUGCGUCACCUCCUUGCAGGCGCCUUCCCCUCCCCUCGCGGUGCGCCUUCUUCUGCCGUUUCUGCACCACCUCCUCCUUCUCCCCUCACCCCAUCCGCCUCUUCACCCUCCUUCUCCUCCUCUCCUCAUUAUUUCCUCCCUUCCGUGCCUCUCCUCCCUUCCUCCACCUUCUUCCCCUCCACAUCUGCCACCUGGCUGCGUAUUACUACUUGCCACUUGGUGAUCGUGACCCUACUUCCUCCCCACAAUCCGCUCCUUCACCCUCCUCCUCCUCUUCUCUCUCCCUCUAUUUCCCCCACCCUCUCACCUCUUCCUCCGCCUCUCUUCUCUCCCUAUCUGCUGGAGCUGGUAGCUGUCCAUGUUUCAUCGCCUUCCACACCUUUCCUCCUCCUCUUCUUUCUCCCCUCAGCGGCGCAGCAGCAGACUACCCCGCCGCUAUCCCUCCUCCUCGUAUUUCUCCCCUCAGCGGCGCAGCAGCAGACUACUUCGCCACUAUCCCUCCUCUUGUUUCUCCCCUCAGCGGCGGAGCACCAGACUACUUCGCCGCUAUCCCUCCUCCUCUUGUUUCUCCCCUCAGCGGCGCAGCAGCAGACUACUUCGCCGCUAUCCCUCCUCCUCUAGUUUCUCCCCUCAGCGGCACAGCAGCAGACUACUUCGCCGCUAUCCCUCCUCCUCGUAUUUCUCCCCUCAGCGGCGCAGUAGCAGACUACCCCGCCAUUAUCCCUCCUCCUCUUAUGUCUCCCCUCAGCGGCGCAGCAGCAGGCUACUUCGCUGCCAUCCCUCCUUGUAUUUCUCCCCUCAACGGCUCAGCAGCUGACUACCUCACCCCUAUUUCUCCUCCUCUUUUCUCUCCCCACAACUGCUUUAUUGCUAUUCCCUCCCCCAUAUGGGGCCUCUUCUCACUCUUACCUCUCUUCCUCUGCGCUUCCGCCCUCAUCCUCCUUCUACCGUACCUCCUCUCCUACCCUUGCCUUCCUUACUCUCCGCUCCCUUCGCUGCCCCUUCCUCCCCUUGCACCUCUCCUCCUUGUCGUUGGACCUCCCCUCUUCUCCACUCCUCUGCUUUGA